AUGAUUAGGGAUUCCCGACGGAAUCCGAAACGUGAGGACAAUAAGACCCUUGCUCCAGUGGUCGCAGCUCCUUCUUCGAAGCCUGAGAUUGUCAUUUCGCGCUUAGUAACCGUCGUCAGCCUAAUAUACCCAACAGGAGCUCUGGGCUACUUAACGUCCAAUGACAAAAGGAAGCAGGUUGGAAUCCCAGAUUAUCCAAACUUGGAGUUGUAUGGAGCUGACUGA